AAGUUCGUGUGCGCGUGCGCAUCGCCCGCCGGGCGCUGGGGACUGCGGCUGCGCGGACCGCACCAGGUGCAGCUCACAACCGAGCGCCUGAAAACCACACCCUGGAUGUUGUUUUUUAGACCUUUUAAGGUGUUCUAAACCACAGUGAAUAUACCUGCUGGGCAUGUGGUCUGUUUCAGGAAAGGUGCUGACCCUCUGAAUUUCAACCAUGCUGUCCGAUGGCUUGCAAAUUUUCCUAAGGAUUACCAAACGUCAUCUGUUACACGCAAGAUCAUGCCAGCGAUUAGUAAAUGAAAGGCGGUUUUUGGCAACCGCAUCAGCACCAGGAUUGCGUCGGCGGGUCGUGGUCACUGGCAUCGGUUUAGUGACCCCUCUUGGCGUUGGAACUCAGCUGGUGUGGGACCGCCUUGUCCGGGGAGAGAGUGGAAUCGUCUCCCUGGUUGGCGACGAGUACCAGAGCAUCCCGUGCAGCGUUGCUGCUUACGUGCCAAGAGGUUGUGAUGAAGGGCAGUUCAACGAGCUAAACUUUGUGUCCAAGUCAGAUACUAAGUCCGUGUCUCCUCCCACGGUGAUGGCCAUCGCUGCCGCUGAGUUAGCCUUAAAAGAUGCGGGCUGGCACCCUCAAUCAGAAGCUGACCAGGCAGCUACAGGCGUCGCAAUCGGCAUGGGAAUGGUUCCUCUCGAAGUGAUUUCCGAAACCGCUUUAACGUUUCAGACCAAAGGUUACAGUAAAGUCAGCCCAUUCUUCGUCCCUAAGAUUCUGGUCAACAUGCCAGCAGGCCAAGUCAGCAUCCGCCAUAAACUCAAGGGCCCCAACCACGCGGUCUCCACGGCCUGCACCACCGGGGCUCACGCGGUGGGAGACGCGUUCAGGUUCGUAGCCCACGGAGAUGCGGACGUGAUGGUAGCCGGGGGGACGGACUCUUGCAUCAGCCCCUUGUCCCUUGCUGGGUUCGCCAGAGCCCGGGCUCUGAGCACAAACGCGGAUCCGAAGUCCGCCUGUCGACCGUUUCACCCCCAGAGGGACGGGUUUGUCAUGGGAGAAGGCGCGGCCGUGCUGGUCCUGGAAGAACACGGGCAUGCGCUCCGCAGAGGGGCCCGGGUCUACGCAGAGAUGGUGGGUUACGGACUCUCCGGGGAUGCCGGCCACAUAACCGCCCCCGACCCUGGAGGAGAGGGUGCCUUCAGGUGCAUGGCCGCUGCUGUGAAAGAUGCAGGCAUCCAACCUGAAGAAGUAUCCUACAUCAAUGCACAUGCUACUUCCACACCUUUGGGAGAUGCUGCUGAAAACAAAGCCAUCAAACAGCUUUUCAAAGACCACGCACACGCCCUUGCCAUCUCCUCCACCAAGGGAGCCACGGGGCACCUCCUGGGGGCUGCCGGGGCGGCCGAGGCCGCCUUUACCGCCCUGGCUUGUUACCAUCGGAAACUGCCGCCUACUCUAAACCUGGACUGCACAGAGCCGCAGUUUGAUCUCAAUUACGUGCCACUCAAGGCACAGGACUGGAAAGCUGAGAACAGACGCAUUGCACUCACCAAUUCCUUCGGUUUCGGCGGUACUAAUGCAACGCUUUGUAUUGCUGGCAUGUAGGACAAUCACAUGUAAUUAAAUACUGAUGUUUUUAACUGUUGUAAACUGCAUUGAGAACUAAUACAUUUAUGUAAAUGCAUAUUUUUGUAUAAUGA